CAGUGUGAUGGGUGCUUGGGCUGGGGCUGGGUGUGGCUGGUGGGGCUCGUGGCUGGGUUGUAGGUAGGGCAGGCUUUUGGGGUGUUCUUGCUACCUGGGUUAGGGGUGUUGAUGGCUCCAGCUCGUAGGUUCCUAGGCACCCAACCUCCAUGUGCAACUCAGGUGUUUUAAAAUCUACUCAUAACAUGUGAAAUCUUCCACCAUUUACUCUUGGUCUUCAGCACCAAAACAGCCAAACCAUCACUCUGCUUCUUUGCUUGAUUUCUGUGCAUCCUUUUCCAGUUUGGAGGUGUGUCUGACAGAAUGGUUAACAACUUGAACUCCAGAUGUGGAGGUCCAGGGUUCAAUCCUCGCGUUUCGAAUGGUUUCCUUAGACAAGGAACUUUACACCACUUUGUCUCUCUUUACCCAGGUGUAUUUAACGAUUAUUCCUCGAGCCCGAAUGGUCUCUGAGUCAAUAGCCCAUGAGGCAGAAGGCUGAAUGGGCUAUUGACUCAGAGGCCAUGGGGGCGAGAGGAAUGAUUGUUUUAGUAAAAUCCGACUAGUUGGUCAAAACUAUUGAGACAAAACAACUUAAGCCAGCAUAACGCAAUUCAGCCGCCAUUGUUUUGGUUUUUCGAAGCCGGCGCUCUUCACUACUAGUGGGCUAUAACAUUAUAGCCUAGUAGUAGCUCAACCAAUCAGAACGCAGCAUUGAUCAUAGACCACUAGUUGGAUUUUACUAAAAAUGGAUACCCGCAAAAUACUGCUAGGGGGGUAACCCUCCGAUGGACUAGCAUCCCAUCUAGGGGGGAACAGGGAAUGGCAAGACUCCUGUAGUCAUCCUUCAUGGUAAGGAAGCUGGGAUAAGCUCCAGCCUUUUGGGGCCUUUGGCUUGCAUACACCUGUAAUCUUUUUUUUACCUUUUCCAGUCUGAGACUUUACUUUUGACAUCAGCCUUUAAAUCAAGGCAAACAUCUUUCAAUUUUGGCAAAUAACCAGCAGGCUCAGGAAAGAAAUACCGGGGCAGCCAUGGAAUUUAAGCCAAUCAGUCAGGGAUGGAGAAAUAUUUUAAAUGUACACACUGUAGCUAUAAUUGAAUUACAGCAGAAGUUUUCUUCGCAAAAUGUGUUUGUCUUGAACAGGAAAGUAGAGCUGUACAGUAUGGAGUGGCAAGAUGCUGUGGAUCUAUCCCGGUUUAUUGUGAGUGCAGCACCUUUUGGUGGUCCAAUAGGUAAGUACAUCAGACUCCUUCUAAGUGUCGUUUAACUUGUACAGGGAGUACAAGUUUCAUUUCCCUCAUUAUUGUAGGGUAAAUAGGACUCACCAUGGUAAACGUUUAAGAGCCAGAAUCAAAGAAAUACUCUUAACAGCACUGUAAGUUCCGGCGUUAAUUUGUAAGUUACAGUACCGUUCAAAAGUAAGUUGACAGUCCAUUGCGAGUUUCGAUUCUCGACUCGAUUCACGAUUCUCGAUUCCUGCGCGAAUUGAGAAUCGAGAAUCGAAAACAAGCUAUUGAGAAUCGAGUCGAGAAUCGAGUCUCACAGGACAGAAAACAAAAGAUUCACCCAUGACUGAUUUCUCUAAUUUUACAAUUUUGCGGUAUGGUUACAUUCCCACAAGCGACUGUAUGCGUGAAACAAGACCAAUUCAAAUUAUAAAGCGAAUGUUUCUUCAAGGGCAUCUGUAUCAAGCUUCAUUUCCUCAGCUAAAGUUUCAAAUACCUGCUCCAAAUGCAAACAAACAGCACGUUUAUUUUGUAACGUCAAACGAUUCUGGGCUUAAUCGGCCGCUUGGCUUGAUAAAGAUCAGCUGUAACAUACACGUCCGUCUGUAACAUGACUAAUCUUUUGCUCUGAAAUUGUGUUCAUGAUCCUUGAAAACUUUCGAGAAACAAUGGUUUUGAUUCUACUUUUAAUUUAGCGCUUUCUUAGUUUGAGGUAAUCGCUCGUAAAAUUGGGCCUGCUUUUUUCCGUGAUGGAACAGGAUACGAGUGAACUUUUUCGUUGCCUAGCAGGUGACUGCAGCUACCGUGAUGAAAAAUUGCGCAAGUGGUUUGUAUUAUACGCUACUAAAAAUUGUUUUCAAAGCUCUUGGAGGUUUCUGAAGAUUUCUGGCAUGUAUAUUCAAAUCGAAACUUUCAUGUACGCAAUCACGUCCCAUAAAAAAGCAAAGGGCAAAAUAUCAAACUGAGAUGCUUUCACGUGCACAUAUCACAAAAACAGCAAUUCUGGUCAAGAGGUCAAGUUACAAGCAGAAUUAAUUACAAGUAAAGUUUCCAGCAAAAAAACACCCUGACUUUGGACACCGAUGAGCAGACAUUCAACCGCGAUAAUGCUGAUGGGCAUUCACAAACAGGCAAUCGAAAAAAAAUUGGUCAGUAGAAUUCCAAAGACAAGCCGAAGAACAAAAGCAACAAGACUUUGUUUACACACCAUCGUGUAUUAAACAUUUAUUUACACAAGCCUUUUAUUUUGGAUUUUAAAGACAAAAGGUCAUGGAUUGCUUUUCAAGUUCAACUAGUGAACUGGCAACUUUUGCUACUUAAAUGAUGCAAAAUGCCGUUCGAACAAUUUAAAGGUUUCAACACAAAGUAGCACACGAGCUGUGCGAACGAAUGCAAAUUUCCUGAAGAGUUCUCCCGAGACAGCUGUCAACUGCUAUUUGCAUAGUUCAGGAAUUUCUCACAAGAAUCAAACGCUGAGUAGAGUUUGUUAUUUUAUAGAGUACAAAGACUUUUCUGACGUGAGAGAAGUUAGAAGAUUACUCAAAACUUGAACAAAGGUUGUUACUUGUAGACUCUCACUGCAGUCGAGUAUCAAGAGUAGAGAGCGAGUUACUCGAAACUAAACAAAGGCCGUCCCAGUUUGAUGGGUCUUGCGGGAAUGAAGAAUNGAAGAUUUCUGGCAUGUAUAUUCAAAUCGAAACUUUCAUGUACGCAAUCACGUCCCAUAAAAAAGCAAAGGGCAAAAUAUCAAACUGAGAUGCUUUCACGUGCACAUAUCACAAAAACAGCAAUUCUGGUCAAGAGGUCAAGUUACAAGCAGAAUUAAUUACAAGUAAAGUUUCCAGCAAAAAAACACCCUGACUUUGGACACCGAUGAGCAGACAUUCAACCGCGAUAAUGCUGAUGGGCAUUCACAAACAGGCAAUCGAAAAAAAAUUGGUCAGUAGAAUUCCAAAGACAAGCCGAAGAACAAAAGCAACAAGACUUUGUUUACACACCAUCGUGUAUUAAACAUUUAUUUACACAAGCCUUUUAUUUUGGAUUUUAAAGACAAAAGGUCAUGGAUUGCUUUUCAAGUUCAACUAGUGAACUGGCAACUUUUGCUACUUAAAUGAUGCAAAAUGCCGUUCGAACAAUUUAAAGGUUUCAACACAAAGUAGCACACGAGCUGUGCGAACGAAUGCAAAUUUCCUGAAGAGUUCUCCCGAGACAGCUGUCAACUGCUAUUUGCAUAGUUCAGGAAUUUCUCACAAGAAUCAAACGCUGAGUAGAGUUUGUUAUUUUAUAGAGUACAAAGACUUUUCUGACGUGAGAGAAGUUAGAAGAUUACUCAAAACUUGAACAAAGGUUGUUACUUGUAGACUCUCACUGCAGUCGAGUAUCAAGAGUAGAGAGCGAGUUACUCGAAACUAAACAAAGGCCGUCCCAGUUUGAUGGGUCUUGCGGGAAUGAAGAAUUGAGAAUUGAGAUGCAACAAUUGAGAAUCAAGUCUCGAUUCUCAACUCGAAUCUCUAUUCUCAAUUCUCGCAAGGAUCGAGAAUCAAGUGUCAACUUACUUUUGAACGGUACUGUAUGUCUAUAUCAGCAAAAGUCCAUUAUACUGUACCAGAAUUUUGUUUCAGUCAACUGUCUGUACAUGUCAGGGGAUUUGGCUGAAAAAAGUUUAAAGGAAGAAAACAACUCUGAAGAACAUCUUGCUUCUUAUUAUUUUAGAACAGCUAGUGCAUAAAACAUACAAUUGAUACAAUAUUAAAAAAUUUCAUUACUUUCAAACUGCAGUCCAGCUGUGUUGUAUCUAGAUGCUUAACUGUCAGUAAUAGUUAAAAAAAUAUAUAAUUGAAGGGCUCCAUGCUAAUUGCCUAAUGCCCCUGUGGUGUAUUUUUGGAAUGAUUGGGAUUUAAGCACCGUGGUAGGUUUAAUCGCUAAUGCACACCAUUGGUAACUCAUGUACUCUUCUACAUACAUGGAGGAUCAUGUAGCAGCUGCUCAGAAGAGAAGUCACCAAUGGUGCCUAACCCUGAUCCCAAACAAUACUGAAACAAUUGAAAGAACGACAUCAUUGUUUUCUGCGACCAGUUAGGAGAGACCUUAUGAGCAGCUCCUACACAACUGUACAUGGGGGGUGAGGAUGGUACACCAAAAUAUUUACAUGUCCUGCAGCCCCCCACAUUGAGAUUUCCUUUUUGGAGGAAUGGUUUGUAUUUGUUGUAUUUAAAAUUUUCAGCUCUGAUAAGAGAUGACAAGCAUUUUGCUCGAGUCCAAGGAUCAGCUAUUAAUAAACCCAUCAUUCACAUUUUUUCCUCUGCUGGAAGGGAACUUGCCACAGUCAAGGUAUGUGGUUUUUUUUAAGGUCUGCUGCUGCUUUUUGUUUAACCUGGGAACACAGACAAAGAGGAGUGUCGACCACGCCGAGCAGGCUACUUGUUUUUUAAUGUUGACAAAUUUUGGCAGUAUUGUUCUUGGCUAGAAGACUAAUUGUCAUCAUUUUCUGUUAUUGCAUUGGAAAAGGGCAGGAACUUGUAUCAUCAUAUGGUUGGUUCUGUGAGCAGGAAAGAUGAAGUAAUAUUCGGACUGGUUACUGAAGCAGGCAGAAUGGAUCUAUCUUAGUCCAUCACUAGUCUGCUUCACAGCCGUUUUUAGUGUUGUCACACAAUGCUCCUACCCACCUCCCGUUGUGUGACAAUGCUAAAAAUAACACUGAAGAAGACUAGUCCAUCAAUGCAUGGGAACAAGAACAAAAACAAAAAUGUUCUGCUUCAGUAGGCUCUUGAUCAAGUGUUCUUUUUUGUUCUUAGUGGGAUGGAGGCCCCAUAGUUCAGAUGGGAUGGUCCGUCACAGAGGACCUACUUUGCAUGGCUGAUGAUGGUACCGUGAUGGUGUAUGACAUUCAUGGCGCAAUCAAGAAAACCUUGUCAAUGGGACAGGUAAGUGUUAAAUCAUUUUGUGUCAUGAAAAGGCUGAAAAAGAAGACAUGAUGCAUGCAUGGUUGGAAAGCACCACAGCUUGACAACUUCUAGUCAACUUGAAGCUCAUCUUAGCCCAUUGAUGCCAUAUCUUAUGUCAGUAAAUUCUUUAACCACCCCAAGUAAAUAAAUUUUCUGACAAAUUAAAUAAUCAUUAAUUUUUCCAUAACUAUGAGCAAAAUGAAUGUAAUUUAUAAUAUCUUAUCAUCGAAAACAUAUAAUAAGUCAUUGACUGUUUGCUACUUUAUUAAAAGGGUUGUACAAAAAUAGAGUAUACUUAUACAUAUACUUUUUGUAGCAAAGGCUUGGCCAUUGAAUAAUAUUACCCGUAUGUCGUGUAUGUUUCAGGUCAAAAUUUCAAUUCAGGUUAAAAGCUUUUUGCCUUGGUUGAUUCUCUAUCUCCUUUGUCUCCUAGUACUAAUUCAUUCAUGAAUUAGCUCUAUGAGAUGAAGGAAAUCAAGAAUCAACCUGGAUAUGAUUUUAACCCAUAGCAUACAUUGUAUUGAUGUUGUUUUUGCAUGUGGCCUUAUCAAAUACACAGCAACUUCAUAGAUCUGGUUCUUUUAAGUUGGGUACAGGAGACGAAACUGGUAAUUUACAUCUGCAUUUUUUCGUAGGAUGCCAAGGAAUCCAAAGUUAUUGACUGCAAAACCUAUAAUUUUGCUGGAAGGACUGGCAUAGCUAUCCUGACUAGUAAUUACCACUUUUAUGUCGCAAACAACGUGGAAGAGGUCAGGAGUCGACGGUAUUAUGAUCCACCAGGUAAAAAAAUUCAUAAAGUUAAGUGUUUCAGAGAGAUUAAUCAUGUUUUAUUUUUAAGUUACAUGUUCGUCUCACAUGUUUUUGUGAUCUAUAGAACUCAAUAUGUGCUUGUGUCUCACUUUCCUUUGCUGAUAAGUUUGGAUUUAAUGAGAGUUAAAGUGUUGUUCAACAGGCAAUAAAGAAAAUUGUCACGCAUCACUCCUUGUAGCAUUUGACUGACUUCAAGUGGGCUUGAUUUCAAAUUUUUUUAUUUGUUUUUUUGCGGCGUGAAUAUUUUUCAGACUUUCCUCUCUUAAAUAUUUACAAUGAUCUGUCUUAGUUAAAUGUGUAUUUUGCCACAUUUUUCACAAGGAAAACAGUAACUGCUGUCGAUCCCGAGAAAAAAAUUCUGUCACCUAACUACCUGAGGGCUGUCCCUAUCUGAGAAGACUAGAAAGUCUAAUCUUUGCAGAUGUCUUUAGAAAGGCAGCAUUUUCUGCUCAGCAUUAAAAGACCUCCGCCUGAGUGUUGGUUUGUCCGGUGUGUUGAAUCAGCGACCUCUCGCUUAGCAGACCGGCGCUUAUCCAGCUGAGCUAACCGGACGGCAAAAAAUGAACAGUCAUGAAUCUAAAGAAACAUAGGGCCAGUUAUUUAAACGUAGUUUAGCCAGUGUUUAACAAAACCGCGUUCUGAGCCAUUUUUCAAUUUGCCCAACGGUUUUAUCUAAACACCGUUUAUUGUGAAGUGUUUUAUUAAAGCAUAUAGAGUAGAUUAGAAAAGCAUUUAUCUUCUUAAAAUAUCGCACUAAGGAAGAGAUUCUGGAGGUCCAAAGAUUCGUUAAACCCCUGCUUAAAUUAAACUUCGUUUUUAUAACCAAGCCAUACUGUUUUUAACCAGGUUUGGAUGCUCCACCCAGCAGCUGGGUCAUUAUGCCGCACGACAGAGGUUCAUCGUUGCUAGUGGCAAUUGAUAAUCUGUUAUACCUUACAGAAAAAGGACAGUGUAAUAAACUGGUGAGCUGUAGUAUACAGUAGAACUGUUAUCAUCAGUGAUACAACCACUUAUAAUCCAAUCAUUGUUUCUCUUCAUCCAUGAAAAAUAACUUCAACCUCGAAACAUGCUUGCUUUUUCAUAAAGUUCCCGUCUUUAAAACGUCUGCCUUUUCGUCGGCGGUUCAGGAUUUGAAGAAAAGUUUACUAAGCAGAUAUUUGCACACCGAUUGCAACUCAGCAACGGUGGCGAAAACAAUUUUUCAAACGCGGGCGAGUUUUGGGCUUUUCUAGGAGUUAAAUUCUUAGAGACCGCAUUCAAGUUCAGAAAGAAAGAGAAAAAUUCAUUGAUCAUUGUAUUCACGUUUUCCAUACAACGUGAAAUUAGGAAAUUUCCCGGCUCUGUAUAAUGUACCAGAAGCGUGGUGCCCUUGCAGAGUUAUCGUUUAACGAAGUUUCGACCGGUUUAAAAAAUUUGAGGGGACACAUCGUUCACCCGCAACCGUUCAAUAUUUUUUGCUGUUCACAGGGAACUUUGAACGGCUAUGCGUCUGAAUUUUCGAACGGUGAGGGUGAUGUUAUACUAGACAAUGCCCCGCAACACAGCGUUGCAAUGUUGGAACAACGUUGCAACCAUUCGAAACAAUAUCGCAACAAUGUUGCAACGCCGUGUUGCGGCUUGCGCGAAAAAUCGUUGUUGCGAAUUCGAGUGAACGUUCGACUGAAUUUUCAGCCGGUCGAAAAUUCGUCCUGUUCCCUUUUUGACUUUCUCUUUGCUGUCUCUGUCUCGACAUCGUAAACUUCCUCUUGAGUGCUAAGUGUAAGACAGGUUGCUACUUUUUACCAAUCCUGAAUCAGCCACAGCGCGUAGCAAAGCAGUGGGUGCAGGGAGAAGGAAGGAACGGAGGGGAAAAAAUAGAGAAGUGUGUUGAGAUGUCGCAAUGAGAAUAUUGUACAUCUCUGGCUUUAUCAGUGUCACAACUUUAAAUAUGAAAUAGGGAAGUCUCGAUCGUUUAUAAUGUUGACAAAUUUUUCUCCGAACUCACACAUGCUCACCGGCUACUGUUGUUGAAUAGUUUUGAUAUUAUUCAAUUUUCAGACUGUUUCAUUCAGCGCUGAGGCCCCGGUUACUUCCAUCAUAGAAAUGGCCAUAUCUUACAAU